AUGUCCGUAAAGGGCAAUUCUAUAAUCGCACGAGUACAACAAAGCAAUUCCGAUCCUAAGUGCAGCUGCACUUGGAGGGCUAUUAUAUGGCGGGUGUAUAAGGCAUACGAUGAAAACUCCCUCAACGUCGCUCUACACGUUUCACACCCUAACCAACAGAUAGGGGAAAACCCGGAUUGGAGCUUAGUUAUCUCUAAUCCUAAUGUUCAUUGUCUAAAGCAUUAG